CGGUGAGGGGUAUUUAGCUCAGGAGCUUCCCCGCAUCAAUUGGGCUCGACUACAAGUCAGGACAUCCAAAGCAUUCCCAUUCUCAUUCCCUACCCAGCUCGCGCUCCUUCAUCGACUUUACCAAUCUCGUGCCUUCAGUCUCUCUACCUCCGCCAAAAAGCAGCGCCUCGUCUCUUCUACCUCGUCUCUUUUACCCCGUCGCCCCUCCAUCAACCAUCAAUAUGGCCGGCCUCAGCGUCUACGACACAAACAUCGUCCUGCUCCGGCGUGGCAUGACCACCCUGGCCAACAUCCUCAAGAAGGCCGCAGAGCACCCCGAUGCCGCCUCCUUCCCCGACGCCAAGCUCUGCGAGGACAUGCUCCCCCUCACCUUCCAGGUCCAGACAGCCUCCAACACGGCCAAGAAGUCCGUCUGGCGGCUGACGGGCGAAGAGGCCGAGGUCUGGGAGGACAACGAGAAGACACUCGACGAGCUCAUCGCCCGGUGUGAGAAGACCGUCGCCCUGCUCAAGGCCGUCGACCCCAAGAAGGUCGAGGGCAAGGAGACCGCCACGGUGGAGCUGAGCCUCGGCCCCGCGGGCACGAAGCAUCUCUCCGGCAAGGAUUACGUCCUGACCUACGCCGUCCCCAACUUCUUCUUUCAUCUCCAGACGGCGUAUAGCAUCCUGCGCAUGAAGGGUGUUCCGCUGGGCAAGGUCGACUACUUGGGGACAUUCAUGAACCCGGAAGCUUGAGUGGGAGCAAAGGGAGACGCUGGAGUGGGCGCAACGCGUGGAUGUAUCACUCUAGAAGUAACACUCAUGUCUAGAGCGCCAGGAAUGAAAAGCAAAGGUGAUAAUUGUUGAUCAACAAAUCACGCAAUGUGUGCGCAAGAAGCAAGAUGUGCAAACCUUUGCCACCAGGAAGCCAGUAUAUACCCUGCGGUAUCCCACUGCGAAAUAAACUCAGGCCCUCGAGCGACCAGGCAACGAGUCUUGCUGGUUGGCGAAUCCUCGCCGGAGCCUUGAGAAAGUUAUAAAUAGCUUUCUCUACACACUCCAGCGCCCGUCUAUAAAUCUAUAAUGGUUAAUCCAUCUCUAAUUGAACAUCA